UAUUAAAGGAGCUCCCUGUGGGCCACAAGAGCGCUGUGUCAACAGUCAAGGAAGCUACAGGUGCAGGAGCUGGCAUUGUCCCCCUGGCUAUGAAAGCAACAUUAGGGGCCAGUGUAGAGGUGAAUUAAUUACUUGCUGUUCAUUGUGAUGUGAAUGAAUGUGAAACUGAACAACACAACUGCAACAUCCCCAAAGAGAAGUGUGUCAAUUUUCCUGGUACCUUCAGAUGUAAGCCUCUCCCAGACUGUCCUGAAGGCUUGACAAGAGAUGCCACCUCCCUCAGAUGUGUUGAUCCAGGUCACAAGUCCUGGACAGAGCUUUGUCUAUGUGGACGAAUGCGUUGAGGGAACCCAUGACUGUGUGGAUGGUGAACGUUGUUUUAAUCAGUAUGGGCAGUACACCUGCCGAGGCUCACCCAGCUCCUGCUCUGAGGGGUACAGGUAUAAUUCACUAAACAGACGGUGUAUAGAUAUUGAUGAGUGUGCUGAGAACUUAGACAACUGUGAUGGGACAACCCAGACGUGUGUCAAUUCUAAAGGAAGCUUCAGAUGCAUUGAUCGCCAGCCUACUUGUGACUUUGGCUACAGGUACAAUGAGGACCAAGAGACAUGUGUUGACAUUGAUGAAUGUGCGGAAGGUCGAGACUUCUGCAAUAAGCUCACAGAAGUAUGUGUCAAUAGUGAGGGUAGCUACUGGUGUAGCCCAAUACUGGAUCUUCUUAGCCCUGAUGAUACCAACACUCUUACCACCGCUUCUACUGCUAUUUUAAAGCCACCUCCAUUACCUCCCCUUCCUCCAAAACCUGAGCAGGCUGCUCCCCAGUGUCCUUUGGGAACAGAAUACAGCCUCCUCUUUCAAGCAUGUAUAGACAUUGAUGAGUGUGACACUAACCCCUGUAAGUCCUUUGAAGACUGUGAAAAUACUCAAGGGUCUUACCAGUGUCAGUGUCAGCUUGGCUACCGAAGAGAAGAGCCAGAUGAAGACUGCCAAGAUAUGAAUGAAUGCCAGCUGGAGUUACAUACCUGCACCAGCACUCAGCGAUGUGACAACACUAUUGGCUCCUAUGUUUGUGUUCGUAUUGCUGGUUGUGGGACUGGUUACACCCUGAAUCACAAUACAGGCCUGUGUGAUGACAAUGAUGAAUGUAAGCUGAAUACCCACAACUGUGAUCAACGGGGCCCCAAGUAUGAGUGUGUCAACACCAAAGGCUUUUUCCGCUGCAAAAUCAAGACCUGUCCUCCUCGCCACAUUCUAAAUGAUGAUGGCUUGUGUAUUGCUCGCACCUGUAAUGUAGGAUACAAGCCUGGAGAAUUUGACUGUAUUGAUAUAAAUGAAUGUAUUGAAGACAACCCCUGCAGGCAAAAUGAGCGGUGCAUCAAUACUCUGGGAUCCUACAGAUGUCGGCCUCUUCUUACCUGUAAUAUUGGCUAUGAGAUGAAUGAAGAAGGCACCCAGUGUAUAGAUGUAGAUGAGUGUGCCAGAGGAAUCCAUCAUUGUGAGGGCAAUCAGAUCUGCUCCAACAGACAGGGUAGUUACAUAUGUAAUUGUCCACAAGGCUAUAGGCUUAAUGUUCAGCGGCAGUGUGAGGACAUUAAUGAAUGUGAAUCAUUCUAUGGAAGGGUUUGUGCCAAUAAUGCCAAUUGUGAAAAUACUGAAGGCUCCUUCCGUUGUAAUUGUAAGGAAGGCUUCAAACAAGCCAACAACGCUGUAUCCUGUAUUGAUGUGGAUGAAUGUUUGGAAGUACCAGAGAUCUGCCAUCACAACUGUAUUAAUGUUUGGGGGACAUAUCAAUGCACCUGCCGAGCUGGCUUCAUUCUGGAUUCUGACAACAGAACCUGCACAGAUGUUGAUGAAUGUGAGGCGUUUCGAGGUCGUGGACAUCUGUGCAUUGGAUUGUGUGUAAACAUACCAGGCUCCUUCAAAUGUACCUGUCCAGAUGGUUACAGCUUAGCAGCUGAUGGACGCACUUGUAAAGAUAUCAAUGAAUGCGAGUCUGGCAGUACGUGUCGUGGCAUAGAUGAACAGUGUGUUAAUACCCGAGGAGACUACAAAUGUAACAAAAUAACAUGUCCAAACAACUAUGUCCGGGACCAACACCACAAAAACCGAUGCAAGAAACUGACUACAUACUGCCCACCAAAUGAUGAGGAAUGCUCACGCAAGCCAUUAAGCUACUCCUACAACUACUUGCCCCUGGUCAGCAACAUGACCCUGUCCUCCCUGGGCCAAGUUGAUCUCUUUACUAUGCGAGGACCACUGUGGGCCAGCACCACUGUUCAGUUUGAGUUGGAGCUUGAGGAUACAAGUGCCCCAGCCAAUGUUGAGCCAGUUACAAGAGAGUACUUCCAGCUCAGGCGUACAGCAUAUAAUCAGGCUGUGAUAUCCUUGGUAAAAAGUAUUAUUGGACCACAAGAAAUUCAGCUAUCAUUAAAUAUGCAGUUGUACCAACAGGGUCGGUUCAGUGGGUCAGCUGUAGCCAAACUUUUGGUCUAUGUUUCAGAACAUACUUUCUAAGGUAGAGUUCUCUUUGCUGUUCUAGUUUUAGUGAGUCAAUUCUAGGUUUCUUAUAUCCAGAAUGGGAACUGUUUUAAGAAGGCAAUCAUGGACAGUUUUUGAACAAAACAAAUGUAAUGUUUUAAGUUUUUUUCUAUCAUUAUCUUAUCCAUGAGACAUGGGGAUUGAGAAUAUAUGUAUGAAUUCCCUUUUGAUUCCAUUCACUAUUUUUAAAGGCAACUAAGAGUGAUAUAGUUCUAAUAUUAUAGGAGUUAAAUGAGACUGGGUACCACAUGAACUAUCUUUGCCCUAACUCAUCAAAAUGGCCUUGUGGCCUUAUUAUUUUCCCCAUAUCUUGCCUCUACAGCAGUGGAAAGAUCUAGGGGGUGGUAGGGGGUAUCAGGGUGGCAUUAGGAUUAAUUAAUAACCUUGUUUUUUCAAAAUUUGAACAACAAAAUUGUCACAAGCACUAAGGCUAAGCUAGAGGAAUAUGUAUGCCUUAUAUAUAAUAAAAUUGAAAUAAGAAAUAUAAAUGA